AUGCCCCAAGCUCUCACCAUCAAAAAGGUCGACGGCAAGCCUGGCCAGGUGUACUACCCCCUCCAAAUCGUCGAAGUCCCCAAGCCCAAACCAGGACCCAACGAGGUCCUCAUCCGGAUCCACACCGCGGCCCUCAACCACCGCGACCUGUUCAUCCGGCAGCACCUGUACCCGGGGAUAUCCUUCGCCAACCCGCUGCUAUCCGACGGCUUCGGCACCGUCGUGGAAGCCGGCCCCGGCCCCGACGCCCAGCACCUCCUCGGCAAGAAAGUCAUCCUGACCCCCUCCCGCGGCUGGCUCGCCGCCCCCGACGGCCCCGAGGACCCGGCUAGGUUCAGCGUCAUCGGCGGCGCGGCCCUGUACCCCGCCGGCGCCGGCCAGGACUUCGCCGUCGUCCCCGCCGACGAGCUCGAGCUCGCCCCCGCCCACCUGUCCGCGCCCGAGGCCGCCGCCCUGCCGCUCGUCGGGCUGACGGCGUGGCGGGCCCUGGUCACGAAGGGGUUCGGCAGCGGGGCCAUCUCGUCGUCCGCCGACAGCGUCGCGGGCCGGAACGUCCUCGUCACCGGCAUCGGCGGGGGCGUGGCGCUCAGCGCGCUGCAGUUCGGCGUCGCGCUGGGGUGCAACGUGUACGUGACGUCGAGCUCGGCGGCGAAGCUGGAGCGGGCGCGCGCGCUCGGCGCCCGGGGCGGGGUGUGCUACACGGACGCCGCGUGGGACAAGCAGCUGGCGGCGCAGCUGCCGCGGGAGCGGCCGUACCUGGACGUGGUGGUGGACGGGGCGGGCGGGGACGUGGUGGCGAGGACGGUGCGGCUGCUGCGGGCCGGGGGCGUGAUCUCCAUCUACGGGAUGACGGCCGGGCCCAAGAUGGACUGGCUCAUGCAGGCCGUCAUGAAGAACAUCGAGCUGCGCGGGACCACCAUGGGCUCGCGCGCCGAGUUCCGCGACAUGGUCGAGUUCGUCCGCAAGCACCAGAUCCGCCCCGUCGUGAGCCGCGUCGUCAAGGGGCUCGAUAACCUGCAGGCCGUCGACGGCCUUUUCGACGAUAUAAGGCACGGCAAGCAGUUUGGCAAACUCGUCAUAGAAAUCUCGUCGCCCGAUGAGGAGUCGGGCUCAAAGCUAUAA